AUGAUGAAUUAUUCUGUCAAUGACAAUGGCUCGAACAUUUCAGAACUACUCCAACCGCUCUGUGUCACCUACAACCACAGCACUUUCCCACCUCUGCGACUGGAAUCCAAAUCCCUGGUCACUUCAGCCACUAUGUUCGCCGUUGGAGUCCUGGGGAACCUCAUUGCCAUUGUUGUGUUGUGCAUCUCAAAGAAAGAACAGAAGGAGACCACUUUCUAUACGCUGGUUGUUGGAAUGGCUAUCACGGACCUGUUGGGCACCUGUUUCACCAGCCCGGUGGUUAUCGCCACCUACAUAGUCCAGAGAUGGCUCGGCGGAGAACUACUGUGCGAUUUAUUCUCCUUCUCUAUGCUCUUUUUCGGCUCGGCUGGAAUGUCCAUCCUGUGCGCCAUGGCAGUUGAACGAUACUUGGCUAUAAACUACGCAUACUUUUACUCUCAAUAUAUUGACCGGACAAUGGCGCGUUUCGCGCUCAUGGGCAUCUACCUGGCCAACAUUGUGUUGUGCAUCAUGCCCAGCUUUGGGUUCGGGAAGCACAUGCGCCACUUUCCGGGCACUUGGUGUUUUUUGGACUGGAGGGCGACGGACCCCCUCGCCGCCUCGUAUUCGUUUCUUUACGGUGGGUUCAUGUUGCUGCUGAUUGCGGUGACAGUUCUGUGCAACUUCGCAGUGUGUCUGUCACUUGUGAGGAUGAGCCAGAAGACGCGGAUAGUGAGAGCGAAAGUGUCCGCGCACGGUGGCUCACUGCGCGGGUUCCUGCCCUCUGUCACAAGCCUGUCCGCUGCUGAGAUCCAAAUGUUCUGGCUGCUAAUAUUUAUGACCAUCGUUUUCCUGGUGUGCUCCAUUCCUUUAGUGGUGCGCAUUUUUGUAAACCAGCUGUAUGGUCCUGCCUACAUCUGUGCUGGAGUGAAACCGGAUUACCGGAGUGAUCUGAUGGCCAUCCGCUUUGCCUCUUUCAACCCAAUUCUGGACCCCUGGGUCUACAUCCUCUGUCGGAAGAACCUGUUUUUUAAGGGCUGUGAGAGGAUGAAGAAUACAGUUGGAAAAGUCAAGGCGGGGCCCGGGCCUAAUUUAGUCUGUCUUGGCACUGGCAGUCAACAUUCACACCUGUCAUUUGAAUGCACUAACGAGACCAGUUAUGUGUCAUUAUACACAACCAACUACAGAAAUGAAUUCGAGAACCAGGUUAGCACCAAUAGUAAAUCGUUUACAGACUUUACCAUGCGACAAGCCUGGGACUUUGACACAGCGCGGGAUAACUUCCAUCCGUUUAGUGUCGACCAAACUGCCGUGCUCAGCUUCCAGGCGGAACUUGCUGUGGUGUCCAAACCGGCCAUGAUUGCGUCAAUGCUCGGAGGCAGUAAAGCGCUUCCGGCGAAGUGCGCACCAGCAGGUCUCCAUAGGCAUGUUAGUAAAGUGGACAAAGUCACCUGCACCUUCAGCACACCUAGCUCCUGUCAUACGGAGUAGUGCCUCUGAGCAACUGCAGGACUGUGGUAUCCUCUACAAAACAUGAAUGUUUUCACAUUGACUUUAACAGCAAAUAUCUGAGAUGCUGACAGCCAGACAGACACCGGUCAUUUUCCCCAGCAAACGGGGCGUUCUAAGGACGUCCAGGGGACCAAGACACACCCUUUAGACGUUCUGGGGAUGUCAUUUUUGU